AUGGCGAAAUCAGUAGACAGAUCGGGGCUGGAAAAAGCACCAGUGCUUUACUAAGACAGGAUGGGAGGAAUUGUGAAUUAUAGCGGAGGGGCAACAUCAAACAAGAAUUCGAGUCUGAGCCACCAGCACAAGUUCAGCAGUCUGGAGGACAUAGACGUGAGCGCAGACGGGAGUCUCAUCCUGCGGAUCAUUAUUACCUCUGUGUACGCGGCGGUGUGCGCUGUCGGUCUGGUCGGCAACCUGUUAGUAAUUUUCCUGAUAAAGAAGCGAAGGGGGAAAGAUAAAUCUGUGAUCAACUUUUUCGUCGUAAACUUAGCCAUCACGGACUUCCAGUUUGUGCUAACGCUGCCGUUCUGGGCUGCGGAUGCUGCGCUGGAUUUUAGUUGGCCGUUUGGGAACGCCAUGUGCAAGAUCGUGCUCUCAGUCACAGUCAUGAACAUGUACGCAAGUGUGUUUUUCCUCACAGCAAUGAGCGUAAGUCGGUACUGGUCGGUGGCGUGUGGUAUGAAAGGAGGUGGCAGGCGUAUGUUCGGCUCGGUAAAGAGCCUAUGCGCAGCGCUUUGGGUUUUGGCAAGCCUCGCUACUGCGCCAACCCUUGCCUUCUCCACGGUAAGUCCAGUAGCAGGGGAACGUCUGUGCCUGCUUCGGUUUCCAGAUGGACAUCAAUGGUUAGCAUUUUACCAUUUACAGAAAGUGGUGCUCGCCUUUAUCCUUCCCAUGAUCACACUUUCCAUCUGCAAUGCACUCCUGUUGCGCUUCGUUCGCCGAAAGAGCUUCGCGAAUCGGAACCGGCAGCGCAGGCGAAUAAAAGUCACUAAAUCUGUGACUGUUGUUGUCCUGUCUUUUUUCAUCUGCUGGAUGCCCAACCAUGCCAUCACACUCUGGGGUGUGCUUGUAAAGCUAAACGCGGUGCGCUGGGACAAAACAUACUACAUGGUGCACACAUAUGUAUUCCCGUUAACAGUUUGCCUUGCGCAUGCCAACAGCUGCUUGAACCCGGUGCUUUACUGCUUAAUGCGCAGCGAGUUUAGAAGAAUGCUAAAGAAGCUGUUCUGGAGAGUCAACUCACCCACUGUAUCCAAAGUGCGCACCUGUGGAGAUGCCAUUUACGAAGCGCCUGCUAAGGUUCCAAUUGCUGAGACUGGCACUGGACUGUGUGAGACUUCGUACUAUACACCGAAAACACUGGCACCAGUCGUUUCAUGUUGAGGAAGCACGCUGUGCCAAAAAGACGCUCACUUCUCAAAAAAGACUUCAGAUGGGCUGGGUACGCGCAAAAAGAGAAAAAAAAAGAGAAAAGACACAUAAAGAAUGGCUAGUGUUUAUGACAUUGUGAAACAUAAAUACAAAACAUUUG